AAAUGCAUUUCUCGAAGACAUAUUCGCAGCUGCUGCUCACAUUACCACCAGAGCUACGUGAUAAUGCGAUACAAUAUCACCAACUCAAGAAACUCAUCAACCAACUUGUACGAGAGCUCUGUUCUCUUGGUCUCAGUCCGACCGAUACUCCAACAGUUGCUCGAACAAUAGAACCAUGCAAGUUUGACCACCAAUAUUGAGGAGAUACGCAUCGAUGACAUUCCUGAUGGCGAUGUCCACCACCAACGGCAUGCCACUGUGAUCUACGAAUUUACAGGAACGUCCGUUCAUCUUGAACCUCGUCUCCGACUGUCAGUCAAGCGUCUGACAAACGCUGUGAAGGCUACAUCUGGUCACAUGGCCACACCAGACAGCGU